AUGCCAUCACCGUCGGAGUCUAGCAGCGUGGUGUCAGUGUCGGGGUCCCGGGCUUUAUCCGGGGGUCGGCGUGGGAGCGCCCGGCUGCUCCUCUACCUGGGCCUGUGUCAUCUCGGUCUGGGUGCCAUGGUCCUGGCGUUCAGCUUCACCAGCUUGGCGUUCACCUCCUCCCCCCGGGUGCGCCAGUCUUGUCCCUUCUGGGCCGGCUUCUUCGUGGUGGCAUCCGGAGUGGCUGGGGUGGUGUCCUGGAGAAAACCUCUGACUUUAGUGGUCUCUCUGUUCAUGCUGCUGUCGGCGGUGUGUGUGAUCCUGAGUUUAGCUGGCUCCAUGCUCUCCUGUCAAAACGCUCAGAUGGUCAAGUCCCUCCCCGCCUGUCAGGUGGAGAACGGUCUGUGUGUCUGCUGUGAUCCAAAGGACAUAUGCUCCCUGACAGAGGACGAGACCCUGGUGCUCUACCUGCAUACAGAUUGCAACUCUGUGCGACACCAACUCAAGGACCUGCUAUUCAGUGCCUGUGGUCUGAGUAUUCUCUCCACCAUCAUCUGCACACUGUCCACAGUCACCUGCAGUAUACACAUCUUCUCCCUAGACCUGCUACAUCUGCUGGCUCCUCACCGCUCACGCUCCGUCAACCCAGAAUGCACCACUCCGCAGGACGCCUUCCUGACCAACAUGGCGGACUUUGAGGAGUUUGUCCCGCCCAUCCCCCCGCCCCCAUACUACCCACCGGAGUACACCUGCAGCUCAGAGACAGAUGCCCAGAGUAUUACGUAUAAUGGCUCAAUGGAGAGCCCGGUGCCACUCUACCCUACUGACUGCCCUCCUCCCUAUGAAGCAGUGAUGGGUCAACGAGCAGCCAGCCAGGGGACGGUGUUUGAUACCCACGCCACUGAGCACUCUGGAGAGAGAGGAACCUCGACCGGCUUCAGUGGAGAGGUAUCGAUGGACAGUGGCUCCCUCCUCAUGUCUGAGAUCGUGGACAUCCCCGAUGACAACUCUCCCUCGGAAGACUCCUGUCUGCUGGAGGUUGGGGUGGGCCUGGUGCGGCGGCGGGGCACCAGCGACGGGGGGGAGGGGGGCGAGUACGUCAGCUUCCGCUGCCCCACGCCCCACCAGUCCGAGGGCUCGCCAGGGUCGCACCAGCCCCGACGCUGCUUCCGCGGCGAGAGGUCCAAUUCCUGCUCCUCGCCCAGCACGUACAACACCUCCACCUACAGGUCCCCUCUCCUGCGUCGGCAGGCCCUGUUGGCCAGCAGUUGUUCCCAGCUGGAGCAGCUGAGUGGGGGGGCCAUGCGGUACUCCGCCAGGGCCUCCCAGGGCUCCUCCAUCCCCGAGAUCCGCCUGCACCCCUCCACGCCCUCCAGGCAAGACUCCUCCUCCACCACGUACAACCCCUCCGUGCUGGCCGACCAUCACCAUAGCAAUCCCACCGCCCCCGGCAACAUGAUUCCGCUGCAGCGUCUGUGGCAUACGGGAGGCCGGGGGAGGAGGGACAGUGACGGGCCCUUACAGCUGGUGAGGUCGCACAGUGAGCCUGGCCUCAGCUCAUCCACUGACACAGGUGAACUGAGUGGCUCUAUUGGCAGUAAAGGUGUGAGCGUAGAAUCCCAGACAUCUACAGACACAGCCCCUGGCUCAGAAGCAUGUCUUCUCCAGCGUAGCCCCGUGUCGCCCCUCCACCCCCUGCCGCGCAAGGGCAGCGUGAAGGGCCUCGCAGGGCACCCCCCCACCAAGCUGCCCCCUGGCACCCCGCUGCGCCUCCCCAAAGACUGCGCCCGCUCCCUCACCGACCUCAAGGUGACACGGGUGCUGGUGGCUCGCUUCCUGCAGCGCUCCAGGAGGAACCUGGCUCCCUCUGCCGAGCAUUCUGGGAGCUGUAGUCAGGGGCCAAAGAGGCGAGCAGGAACAGAUGGAAACCUAGCACUUGAACAGGCGCUGCGGAACACCUGGGGUGGCAGCCGAGCGCAGCCGCAGUACCAGCAGCCGCAGGUCCAGCGCUACCGUCACCACCACUCCCAUAGCGACAGUCGCCACGACGCCCAGCAGCGGCGCACCGAGGAGGCCGGCGGCGGCGGUGGCGGCGGCGGUGUGUGUGUAGAGGGCAUCCACCUACGCAGCUGCGGAGACCUCAGCUCCUCCUCUGCCGCAUCGCUACGCAGACUCCUCCCACAAACUCACGCCUCCUCUGGGGCCCUGCACUCAGAGUCUGCACUCUAG